CUCAAAUUGCCCGCAUUACAUGGCCCAACUUAGCGUCUCAUUGCUACUUCUCCUCUCCUCCCUUUUCAUCGCCGGCACGGCCAGUCCGAACGGUCCUCCGGCUAGGGCCUUUGUCGAGUCACAGUGCCGGGCCACACUCUACCCUCGGCUAUGCAUCCAAUACCUCUCCAUCAAUGCGAACACAAGUGAACAAAGCCCACAACAACUGGCCCAACUUGCCUUGAUGGUGAGCCUAGCCCGGGCCCAAUACACAAGGGCUUAUGUGACCAAAGUAGCUUCACAACUCAAGAAAAUGAAGGCCAAGGAGUACCAAGCUGUAAAGGAUUGCUUAGACCAAAUUAAUGAUGGUGUGGACCAACUUAGCCAAUCGAUAAUUGAGCUCAAGCGAAUUAUUCAAGAUGGGGAGGGCAAUUUCAUGUGGCACAUGAGUAAUGUUCAGACGUGGCUUAGCACGGCGCUCACUGAUGCAAACGGUUGUAUUGAUGGUUUUUCGGGGCAUGCCAUGGGUGGGAAGGUUAAGGCCACAAUCAAGGCUAGGGUCCUAAAUGUGGCCCAAAUGACUAGCAAUGCAUUGGCCUUGUUCAAUCGGUUUGCGGCAAGACACCGAGCCAGGGGUGCAACCACCAAGCCCUAAGGCUUGAGCCAUGGUCUUUUGAGUGCCUAGGUUUGGCCUUGUCAUGAAUCACUCGUGUUUUUUUGUUGUAAAAUACUUUGAU